AUGGUGUUGCAGCGGAUAUUGAACAAGUUCCUAGAAAGGGUGCGAUUUCAGUUAUCGCCCCCGCAUCGCGGGCUGAUGGUCCGCUCCGCUAUCCUCUGGGGGCUCGGCGACGUCGGCGCCCAGGCCGUCACCCACUACUCCGCCCAGCGAAACUCUGUUGCAUUUCAGGAUAAAGACGAGAGUCCAUUUCUUUCGGGAAAAAAGACGAGGAGUUCAAAAUCGAUUGGUAUAGAGUGUACAACACAAGUUUCUUUGGACUUAGUGCUUGUAUUGGACCAGCUGCAUAUUGCCGAUGUGCGGUUUAGUAAGAGCCUGCCGAGCUCCAUUACUACAGCUGAGGUUGUUAGCUCAACACCUGUUGAUAUUCUCUUCGGAACUCUAAAUCUUGCCCCAUUUUUCCCGCUCAUGUCUUUCGUGCAAGGAAAGACUAAGAGUGUGGAGAAGGCAAAGGAGGACGUGAAGAGGGGUUUCACCCCUGCUCUAGUGCUGGGCGGAGCUGUGCUGCCAGCCGUGCUGUUCACAAACUGGCGCUUCGUCCCCGCGCCAUACCAGCUUCACUGUGCCAGCUUGCUCGCCCUGGUGUAA